UUAUUAUAGUUUUUGUUGACGUGAAUGACGUCAUGAGCAGGAUUUCUAGUUCAUGUCCAUCAGAUAAGUGAUAAUGGAUUAGUACUUAGUAGUAAUACGUACUAAUAUUUCCGAAAAAAAAUUUGUAUUAAAUAUUGUUCACAGUAUUAAUAAAUAUACAUAUCAAGUUAAAUAACUGCAGUAAUUAUCAACUGGAAAUCGGACUUUUUACAACCAAAUUACAAUAUAGAGAUUCCGUGUGAGGGUGAAUAGGAAUGAUGAAAUUUAUUGUGGACUUGCGCUAUUCAUAUCGGAAGGAAAAUCAACAGGCUGAGGGUUAAUUCGAACACGGGGAAAAAAAAACAAAAAUGACGGCUGCUCAAUUCAGUUCGGGCAAAUCCGAAACGGAGUCUCCAUUGCUGAGGAAACCUAACUGUUGGGAGAAAAUAGUAUAUUCCCCUGAUGCCAUGGAUCUGUGUCGAAUCAAUCCCUCAAGGAAAACUUGGAUAGAAUUUUCUAUAAUUUUAAUAAUAAUUCUGUUCAUACUAUCUCUUGUAAGUCCAUCAGUCGCGUCAGAUUUGAUCUCGAGUUUAUUAAAGACAUUCUUAUUCACCAUUGUCGCGACCAAAGGAACACUUUUGUCGAUGACUUACGAGCUAGUGCCGAACUUUGUUCACAAAUGUAUCGUUAAAAGAGACGAUGGCGGAGAAAGAUCUGCACAUAUUGAGAACAUGCGCUCAGAAGGGGAAAGACUCAUGUGGAUAUGGUGUUUUAUUAUCGCAUACACCCUUUCCGAAUUUAUAAAUUCACUCAUGUGCUUCAGGAAAGCUAUAGAUAAGCCUUCGACUAGACAAUUUUUUUCAGUAAUCAUUCCAGAAACUUUCCAUACCAUGGGAAUUGCGUUGAUGAUCUUUGAAGUAUUGCCGAAACUAAAUGUAUAUUAUUUCGUUUUGUUCCUAAUUUGGUGCGUGAUUGAAUGGGGACUUCAUACUCUGAUAUCGACGGUUUAUGAAAUUAAAAAUAUUAAACUCAAGAGUUUGCUGAUCGUGGCAGACAUUGUGGUUCUGGGGAUUUUCUUAAAUUUCACGAUAUUCAAUCCGUUUGAUGGAAAAAACCGUAAUAAUAGCGAGUGCUGGAUUGCUAUCCUGGCAUUGGCUUUGAUUCAUGGCGGACUUUGGCAAGAUGUUCCAAAUUCUAAAUUAAGUUUUACUGGUAAUUUCUCUCUGAUUAGAGAAACUCGUAAAAAAUUGGAGCUCGUGAAAGACUCAAUUUUCGCAUGGGUAUCACUUUGGAAAAUAAUCGUAUUUAUUGCAACUUCAUUUACAAUAUUCGCAAUUCAUGGUGAUAGCAUAACAAAACUCUUCAGAAUGUUUGGACAUGCAUUCGGUGACUAUAAUAUAACUUUGAUUCCUUCUGACAAUGGUAGUCAAUUAUUAACGAUUCCCAGAAGUUUACUUUUUCCAAUUUUACUCGUCUCAUUCCAAGUAAUUUUAUCUACUUUCGUAAAUAUGAAACCUGAUAGCAUAAUUUUGCGUUUUCUCCAUGGAUUUGAUUUUCGAUCUCGCUGGGGAUUGAAUCUUCCGGUUUUCUUCGCUAUCGCAUACUUACUCUGGUCUGAAUACAUCCGCAUUUUCUACUGCAAUUUGGUUUACAAUGUAGACAUGGCCGAGUACUUUACGAAUGUCUUAACAGAAAUCGAUAUAUUCAAUCAAUCAAAAGUUCUCUCUCUCGAUUAUUUGGGAAACUGGGAGGCUCUUUUACUAAAAAUUUCUUGCUGCUGGAUUAUACUGCACUUCCUUUUCCGAUCACGAGUAAACACUGCUAUGGAAACCGAAGAAGAACUUGAAAAACCUGAAGCUAAAACCCCGCAAGAAGUUGGAGUUUACGUGGUUUUAGAAAAUGAAAAGGUUGAAGAAAAAAAAAAGUUGGAAUGUUGAUUGAGAAGAAUUUUCUAUAAUAAAUUCAAAAACUUGCUCAAAAAUUAACUACCUCAUAAAAUAUAAGUGAAAGUCUUUAAUUUUUUGUAUAUUUUUUCUAAGUACUUUACAAUGUCGAUUAUAAUAUAUAUAAUUGUAUUUAACUAUUGUGUAAAUAAAAGAUAAAAUUUUGAAAAAAAUUAAUAUUUGCCGAAAAUCUAAGAAUA